UUUAGUCGGUUGCUCAAUAGAUCUAAUAGAGUGAAGCGUUUUAUAAUCACAGCUGAAAAAUGUCUAUCGUGCUCGAAUUCAUUYUAAAUGYUUACAGAACAAGCAACGCCCUUCUGGUUGCAGUAAUUCUUGGUGUAGUUCCYAUCAUUGUCUUUCUUGUCCGACGAGCUAAAUCCRCUGGAAAAAAUCCGUUCAGCAAGGACACUACACGAAAGCCAGAACCUAUCAUUCUUAAUCAGGCYGARCGAGAUCGCAUUCUCAAGCAAGGUUUUAGUGCUAAGAAAAUCCCAGAGAACUUGGAUGCCAUAGUUAUUGGCAGUGGAAUUGGAGGGAUGUCGUGUGCUUGCCUUCUUGCCAGAAGUGGAAAGAAGGUUCUUGUUCUUGAGCAACAUGACCAAGCCGGGGGAUGCUGUCAUACGUUCCACGAUAAAGGAUUUGAAUUUGAUACUGGCAUUCAUUACAUUGGUGAAAUGCAGAACCGCACUGCAACAAAAUUUCUUAUCGAUCAGCUGACUGAUGGCCAGUUACUCUGGGCACCACUUGAAAAGCAGUAUGACACAGUUGCCAUAGGAGAYGCCAAUAAUCCAAGACUGUAUCCAAUCAUGAGUGGGCGUGAAGAAUAUAGAAAGGCGCUUAUUGAGAAAUUUCCCAAAGAGAAARAUGCCAUUGACAAAUAUUUAGAACUCUUGAAGAAAAUGAGAAAAUCUGUGAUGAGCUAUUUUAUACUUAAGUAUUUACCACGUUAUCUUGGACAAUUUCUGGUCUCCACUGGUAUUAUACAUCUGUUCACUAACUACUUUAAGAUGUCCAAGAAGUCUUUGACUGAAGUUCUCGAUGAACUCACUGACAACAGAGAACUGAAAACUGUAUUGGCAUACAGUUUUGGAGAUUAUGGUAAUAUUCCAAAAGAAGGCAGCUUUGCUAUGCAUGCCAUUCUGACGAACCAUUUCAUGAAUGGCUCAUCAUAUCCUCAAGGUGGGGCGAGUGAAAUUGCUCUCCGUCUGACUCAGGCUUUGGAAAAGAUGGGAAGUGCCGUCAUGGUAAGAGCACAUGUCACUCAAAUUUUACUGGAUGAAGAAACCGGCCGUGCUAAAGGUGUCCGUGUGUCCAAAAGCAGUGGAGACAUUGACAUUCGUGCUCCACUAGUCGUUUCAAGUGCUGGUUUUUACAACACCUACGAAAAACUCCUUCCCCAAAGYGUUUCUCCWUUGAACUCCAUCUUGAAGACCACCAAAGGUGUCAAACAUGGGGUAGGAGCCAUUACAGUGUAURUAGGUCUCAAGGGAUCCAAACACGAUCUUGGCCUUAAAGCAACAAACAUGUGGGCUUUCAUCGACAACAACUUGGACCAGAUCUCAGAAAAGUACCUUCAAAUGCAACCAGAGGAAGCUGGCAACCAAGAUGUCCCUCUYCUUUUYAUAUCCUUUCCAUCCACUAAAGAUCCAGAGUGGGAAAAGCGGUUCCCGGGUAAGUCGACGUGUGAAAUUGUAUCGUUUGCACCUUACGAGUGGUUCGAAGAGUGGAAAGACAAGCGUGUGAUGAAACGAGGGGAUGAUUACGAGGAGUUGAAGCACCGCAUUGGUAGACGCAUGUGGGAGCAAACGUGCCGAUUAUUCCCUCACAUCAAAGACAAGGAAGAGUUCUUCGACGUUGGAUCACCUUUGAGUAACCAGUACUACAUCGCGUCGCCCCGUGGAGAAAUAUAUGGACUUGAUCACAAUAAAGAUCGCUUUAGCCCUGAAACGUGCGUAAAUCUGCGACCCGAGACAGGCAUYCCUGGAUUAUACUUGACCGGGCAGGAUAUCUUGACGUGCGGUUUUGCUGGUGCCAUGUUUAGUGGUGUGUUCACUGCGUCCUCCAUACUGAAUAGAAACGUWAUGUCUGACAUGAUGAACUUGCGUGAACAUGUGAAACAUGGCAAGUGAAACUACCAAAUAAACAUUAAUUGAUGGGGAUACUCACGAUGAAUAAUUUUAACAAUCAAUGGAACUUGUUAUUUGUCAAUUUGUUGUUGUCUUUGUACAUUAUUGUCAACAUAACAUGCGUAAUUUUUUUUUAAUACGGAAAUAUUGUACUCAAUGACACUCAUAAUGAAGUUUACAUGGAAAUUAAAUGUGUUGCAGAUAUUUUCUA